AUGCCUCCAAAGACUACUGGCGAGCCGGACGAAGUCACUGGCCAGAGUGCACUCCCCAUCUCCCGCAUUAAGAAGAUCAUUCAGCUUGACGACGAUGUUGAUCUCAUCUCCAACAAUGCAACUUUUGUCAUCGCCAUGGCUACAGAGAUGUUCAUCCAGUAUCUUGCUGAGCAAGGUCAUAAUGUGGUGAAAUCAGAGAGAAAACCACGGAAAACAAUCCAAUAUAAAGAUCUAGCGACGGCGGUUUCCCAUAUAGACAACCUCGAGUUCCUUGCCGAUGUCAUUCCCAAGACUACAACCUACAGACAAUUCAAGGAGAAAAAGGCGAGAGAGGCGGCCGACCAACCAAUGGAGAAGGGCCAGCUUACUCUGAAUGGAAAGAAGGCUGGUGACACAAACGGUGAUAUGGGAGAUACCAUCACAAAAGAAGAAGAGAGGAGUUUUUCUUCGCCAACAUCUCAUACGCCCGCAGUGCCAGUGAGUGCGCUGAUGGCAGAUCGAACGGUUGAUACGCCUGAUGAAGAUGUUGAAAUGAAGGAUUGA